GACGCGUUACGUCGCUUCUGUUCUUGUUUUGGCAGUUUGUUUCGAUAUUCACGGAUUGUCAGUCCACCAACAAGCCGUUUUGUACAGGAUAUCAACGCACCGUUGUGGUAUUGAACUUUUCUGCAUGCUCAUUUUAACCGUCUAGCGUCUAAAGGCUGUGUAUUUGUAUUGUAAAGUGUAGUUAAAGAGAGAAAUCAUGACUGAAAUAUAACCUACUGGCUAGCUAGCAAGCCGAGCUAAUGAUCAUUAGCCUAGCAGGGAGCAGUGGUUUGUUCUGUGUCUGCGCGGAAAUGAUCAAUACUUCUCUGAUAUUUGUUUCUCCGCACAGCAUUCAAAACAGUAGGCCCAUAUAACUGUAUUCAUCUUAAUGUCACGAUCACGAGUGGAACAAAGGGUAAUGUAGGAUGGAUUUCAACACUACCAGCUGCUCGUAGUAUUAGCUCGUAGUCAGCUUUUCAACAUGAUGUAGGAUUCACAUUGAUUUUAUGCCAGCUGUGAUUACAUCAAGAGGAAGUAGGGCUGGAUUACUGAGUAAAAAGGAGUGGAGUGAAUGUUUAACGACUAAAUUCACCUGGGAACAUGUUGAGUUAGUUAUCUGACGCUGUAAAUCCCAAACACCUCAUGACUCUGAUUAUUAAGAGUCAAUCUCUGACUUUAGGAGAGUCCCGAGCUUUACAGUUAGCUUGAGUUUCAAUCUCUAAACUUCACUCGAGUUUCUCAGUCUUUAGCACCUGUUUUAGUCUUUAUCUAAUCCAUUCAUCACAUUCUUGAUCGUGUGGCACUGCAUACUUUAUGCUUUUGACUGCUUUCUAAUGCCUGUUAGCAGGUCUGGUUUACAUGAAUAGCUGUGUUGUUUAGGUUGCUAUUGCCUACAAAAGCAUAUCACAGAGAGGAUCAAUUAAGGCGGUUAGCAAUGUGGGAUAAUAACCAACUGUGUUCAUGUUGGGGUUGAAAAUAGCAUAUUUUUCAUGUACAGUGAUUCACAUGUAAAGAAUGUGAGAAUCACUCCCAACUACUCAUGUACCAAUGUGUCUGAAUAACUAUGAGAGCUGGUUUUAUCCUGAAGAGAGACAUCGGCCGACCUGCAAAUGAUAACACAUGCACCAGUAUCAGUCGACUAUGUUUACAUCUGACUGCUGAUAGAGAGUGAAGGGGGAUUUUGGAUAAAGAAGUCACCUGUUGGAAAACCCCUGGUUUGUUUUCAUGGUGACUAAAUAAUGUGGGCAGUAGGGGAUUAAUACACCACCUAUGACGUUACCACAGCGUGAACACUUGUGGAUCUUUCAUAAAUCUCUCUAUGUAUGGUUAUGGCUGAUGGGUCAAUGAGGUGACGCCUAAAUAUUCUGUCAAGCUGUAUUUUUUUUAAGUCAAAAAAGGUUUAAAUGCACAAAAAUAGGCUUUCUAUUUGUAGUAUCUCUCUCAUAUAUGUAAUCACUUCAACUUUUCAAAAAUCAGGUCUUGUUUGUAUUUUUUCUGAACUUCAGAGUGUCAAAAUAUUAUGUGGUGCAACCAAUAAUAACAUUAGUUGUAUUAAAUACAAACUAAAAUAUCUAAUUUCUGUAACUGAAACAUUAAUACCUGAUACAAUAUGCUUAAGUGAAAGGUAGUUGUUAAAUAUUUUUAUCAAUAUUAUGCAAUUUAAAGAAAAAAAAUAGUUAAAUAUAGUGACCGUGACAUUAUAGAGCUAAAAUGUGAGAUCAUUAUUUACAAAAACUCAAAUGAAAUGCAAACACUUUGUUUCUAUCUGCCUGAUAUUACUGACAAUUUGUAAAAAACUAUUAAGUAUGUUGAAAAAAUGUAAUAAUUUUGAGAUAAAUGAUGGUCCCACCACAUCACAAUUUUUUAAGGCCACGGGCAAUUCAUCUGCAUAAAAAAAACACUAAAAUUGCUUAAUUUAAAAAUGUAACAUAAAUUUUGGUAUACACAACAUCCUUAGUGUUUGAACUUUUGCAAAAUAUAUUCUUAUUUUUGCUAUUUUAAAAUUGGCCUCAUACGUCAUUGACCCUGAUAUUAUUUAGAUUUUAUUUUGUUUAUUGAUGGAGUUGUCUUGUAUCAAGAUAAUCCCCCAAUAUAGUCUGUUCUUAGUCUCUAAUAUAGACAUAAUUUAGAAAAAAAAGAGAAAAGGGGGUAACCUUAACAGAAUUAUAAACAAAUAAAAUAAAUAAAUAGUUGAAAGGAGGUGGCUGUAAAGAGUUUUAAUCAUAGUAGUUUGAUUCAUUAGGAGAAAAAAUUUAACUUAGUACAAGAAAUUAUAGUUAACAUAUUUUGAUGAAGGUUAGUAAUAUGGAGAGAUAAUUAAACAGGUCAAAUGAAAUGAUGAAUGUGUUAAUUUCACCCUGGUACAGACUCUGGGUGGAUGUUUCUGUUGUGGUUGUAAAUAUAUAACAAGUCAAAAUAAAAUAAUAAUCUUCAUCCUUUUAAACUAGGGAUGAGUUCAGUGUACUUUCCAUCUGGAAGUACUUUGAAGUGUUAUAAACAAACAUUAGACUCAUCACUAAACUAGGAGUACUUUCAACAUUUAUGAUGGCAUCAAAUGUUGCAGUGGUCGACCGGUUAUAGUUUUCCAGAUGGUGACCAUGAGAGAGGAGGUUAGCUGACUGACAAUAUACAACGCUGAUAUCACAUUAUGUUGUUUCUCUUGUUUGUUUUGUUUUGUUAUUUGAACAAGACAGUACCAAUCGAAAACAAAUUUGCUGAACUUGAGUGAACCAAAAUCAAAUGUAUGUGGUUGUCUUAGCCAAUAAUGUGUUUUAAAUGGAUUUUUAAUGAAUCAGUAGAAUGAUGUUUAUUGGAUUAUGCUAUAGUUUGCUGAUCAUGGCUUAUAUUGCUGUCAGUACUAAAUAUUGCAAUACAAUACAAAGUUAUAACACUAGUUAGUGACUGUGGCUAUCAAAGGGAGAUGGGAAAGAUGUGUUAUCGUUUAGAAAAGAUGAUGGUGGUAUCAGCCUUGUGAGGGAUGAUGCUGCUAUUAUUGCCUUACUUAUCUAUUUUUCCACUUGAUUUGAGUCACAUGUUCAACACAGAGAUAUCAGUCCUGCGUGAAGCUAACCCAUGACAGCUGAGCCAGAGGCCAGGAAAUACUGCAUUAUAGUGAAACACCUCCAGGGGAAUACCAACGUUUAACUCUGUGUUUGUGUCUCUGUGUUUUUGUGGGAGUAGAUGGUAUUGAAUGAGCAGUGAGUGGGCUAAUUCAGGGAGCUGGUAGGCGUGUGUUCAACAUGGCAGAUGGAGGCAGUGACGAUGAGGUCAUUCACCUUGCAAGCUUCAACGUCCAUCGAAGCCAAGGUGAGACAAACUUCACGUUCUCACUCUCGUGAAUAACUCAAAUAGAUUUCCACAGACCCACACUCUCUCUCUCUUUCUCUCUCUCUCUCUAACACACACAUAUCGUCAAUCAGUGCUCACUCAGCCAUGCCUGGAUUUCUUUUGUGACGUGCACAUUAUGCAUUUUGACUUGAGGCUGUGUCCUUUCAGGCUCUCGUCGUCGAAAGAGAGAGCUCAUCACCAUCUCUGAUGAUUCUGAUGAGGAGCCUGUGACUCUGGUACCCGGCAGCCCUGUUUUGGUCCCAGAUGAUGCUGACGAUGACGACGUCAGCAUCCUGGAGGUAAAUCUAGCUACGCCUGUGGUUUCUAAAGUAGGGGUGGGAAAAAAAUCAAUACAUCAUUGUAUCGCGAUAUUUUGUCUAGUGAUAUAUCGUAACGUCUCAUUUACCAAGUCAAGAUUUUUCAGAUUAAUUGGUAAUAUGAAGUCAAAUCUAUGAUAAUGGAAAAAUAAAAUCAACUGUUUGUGCAGUGAGGUUGGCAGAGUUGACGUCAUAGAGCAGGAGAAAGUUAGGACAAGAAAUAUAUAAAAGGUUUGCAAGAUGUGCUACAUGAAAAUAAACGUGUAAAUGAGACAAACAUAAAGGAAAGAUAAAUGCUAAAUUAGCUUAACAGGAAAAAAAUUAAUUUAAAUCGCAAUAUAUUGUAUCCCAAUACUCACUGUAUUGCAAAAUGUUAAAAAUCGCAAUAUCGUAUCGUGGUCCAAGUAUCAUGAUAAUAUUGUGUUGUGUAGGGUUGGGUAUCGUUUGAUUUUGAACGAUUCCGAUUCCAAUUUCGAUUCCUCAUUUCGAUUCCGAUUCCUAUCGAUUCUCUAAUUCGAUUCUUUUAAAAGGCAGGAUAUCAAAAAGAAAAAAGAAAAAAAAAAGCAUGGUUUGAAUGAGGGUGCUAACCGGGGCUCUUCUUUUUGGAUGAAAUUUCUGAACUUCUCCAUGAAUUUUUAAAUCCUAUUAACUUUUUAAGAACUUUACUAUGGAUUUCUCACAGAGCUAUUUUCAACCAGUAUAUAAAUAUCAAUUUUUGUUUUCAGGUCGUUUGUCUAUGAAAAAGCACAAGGGCUAACGUUAGAUGGAUAUUUAAGUUUACUCACCGUACACAGUUCAAUUUCUUUACCGUUUCAAAGUUAGCAGAGGACAGAAGUCAUUUAUUGUUUCACUUAUCUGAUCCUGACUGGUUAGCGGAAGACAGGUGUUGUGCUGUAGAAUGCACCCCUGCCGUAGAAUGCCUCCCCUACACUGAUUAGCUUCUUAGUGGAAGAAAUAUGAUCUCAUAUUUAAUAAAACACGGGUAUUAGAUCAAAAAACGUGUCAAAUGGAGCAGUAAACUUUCGUUUUGUUUGUAUGUGUCUCAAAAAUGCACACAUAAAGGUGUACUUGGGUAUAUAAACUGUAGAGUAAGCUGUUAAUGUAGAGAACAUAAUAUUUUCAGGACAGUAAAUAUUCCGAAUCAGAGGGCUAUUGUUUUCGGCAUAUCUGAAUAGCCUGAAUGAAAUCAUUAAAGGCACACGCUUUAGAUUCCGUCCAACGGUAAGAAAAACUUGGAUUGUUUCGCCUUGUUGUGUACUUUCAACCGCGCUCCCGUCAGGGGUGCAUUCAACAGCAGGGGUGCAUUCUCUGGCACAACACCGGCGAAGCGCGUCAAAGACGAGCACUCGGGUAUUUCUCCUCCAUGAAUCCUGAGGUGUUUAAUCACGUUGGUCGUUUACCCUCCUUUGCAUGAUAUAACUGUAUUGCUAAUGUUGCAUUGAGAUAAGAGCUCAUUCUUCCUGCUAAAAUUAGCCAAACUUUUGACCAACGAAGAAGAAGCUGCCGAACACCAACGAGGACGGAGCAAAUGAGACGAAGCCACACAGAGAGAGGAGAGAGACAGAGAGAUUACAUUGUAACCCACAGCGGCUGCAUUGCUGUGGGUUGCAAUGUACUUUCUCUCUCUGUCUCUCUCCUCUCUCUGUGUGGCUUUGUCUCAUUCGCUCCGUCCUCAUUGGUGUUAAGCGGCUUCUUCUUCGUUGAUUUUCGGCGGCUAUUUCUUCCGGUCGGCGGACUCAGGCAUCGAAACUUGGAAUUGAAAUUUUAAUAUUCGAACGAUACCGGAAGAAUCGAAGUUUUAGUCCCGAUUCCCAUCGAUUCUCGAUUCUCGAUUCCCAACCCUAGUGUUGUGGGCCAAUAGUGAUUCCCACCCCAUCCUAAAGUGUGUAGCGCACCUCUCUGAGGGACCAUGGAGACAUGUCAGGAGAUGGUGGUGAGAACAUGAAAUGCAGAACUCAAACUUUCACAUUGGUGUCAUCAUCUGUCUAGAAUGAGAAAAAAAACAACCAAAUGAGACCUAACAAAUUAAAACCACACUUGGAAAUCUUACAUGGAUAGACAACAGCUUGUUAACUUUAUUUUUAACUGUUUAUUUUCCUGUUGUGUCCUUCUUCUGUAGCCUCUGCCUCCUGCACGCAGACAUGUGAUUCGUCCAGCAGCAAAAUGGAGCGCAGCCUCACACAAAACCUCCCACGAUAAAAGUCACAGUAGCUCAAGCUCUGGGGUCUCUACAGGAGACCUUGGUUCUGCCCCCUCUACCUCCCGAGAUGCCAAGGCCUCCACCUCUGCAGUCAGGCCAGCCAUACGAACACCCGUGCAGCCAAGCACCUCUGCACACCCAGAGCCACAUCCAGGCUCGUCAUCGCAUGCACUAUCUCAGCCAAAACUCCACACAGACUCUCAGCAACAGGAUGAUAAAUCUGCACACGCAAAGGUUGGGCUCCAUGCAGUUUCUUCCUCUUCUUCUGUUCAAACCCCGUCUACCUCCACACAUGAAAAGGCCAGCUCUAUCACAUCCAGAGCACCUAUACGGGAACUCUCAGAGCCUCAGCCUAGCACAUCCGGACUCAAACACCCACAAUUCAGCUCUUCAGGACACUUUAAGGUGGAGCCUCAGGCAGGGGCCUCCACUUCUGCCUCGCAGUCAUCGUCAAUCCCAGCGGCCGCGUCAAGUUCUUCACAGACUCCAGAGAAGGCUGCUACGAGUACGCAUUCACAAGACAAUCCUCAGGCCAGCACUUCUGCACAGUCCCACACACAGAUAAAGUCUCAGCCCAGUCUGUCCACUCAGACCCAGCCCACUGCGACCACGACUCUGCGUCACCAAGUCAUCAAGGUGGAGGAGGUGAAACUCGUUGUUCUUCCCCAGCAGCCGAGCAUCCAAGCCUCUGCUCUAAUAACCCAACCCCAAGUUCAGGUCGCCCCUCAAAACCUGCUGCACCCAAUUUCCUUCAAUCGCAUGCAGGGCAACCUCAUCCAGAUUGAACCUCAGCCCCUCGCAAAUUCCCCGGCCCAGACUCCGAUCCAGGCUGCUCAACCUCCUCAGGUGAUACCGGUGAUCCCCCCUGCUGUGCUCAUAGCCACAGCUCCAGAGAGACUUGGACCUCCAGAGGCAGGACACCGGAUCAUCCUGGGGAGCCAGGCAGCAAGCGGCUCCAAUGCGGCUCCACCUGCUUGCUUCCUCAACAUCAGGAUGCCUAACAUGGACUCCAACCCUCCUGUCCCUCCAGCUCCUGCAGCUUCAGCCCCCCACAACGAAGGCGAUGCUCGUCUCCUUCAGGGUCCAGCUCCCAAUCAAGAGAGGGUCAAUCCAGCUCCCGCUAUGGUCGCCGUCCCUCCUGCACCAGAGGAGAUUCCCCUGAUUGAGGAUGCAAGGCCUGGUCCCUCUGCUCCUCGAGAGAGGGCGGAGCAGCAGCCCCACAUCAGAGCGCUCAUUAAUGGAGUUGUAAGUGUCACAUUAACAGUAGAAUUACUAAUUUAAGCGUAUUCCGUAGCUCCUCUGUCCUCGCUGCAUCCAGUCUGCUCACCUCUUUGUAUCUUCCUCUGCAGUUGGAUCUGCUCCCAGAUGUCCAAGAAGCCUAUGUAGCAGAGCUGAUCCAAAAGAAUGGUGUGAAAGACUUGAAUGUGUAAGGAGAAAAACCACACGUUGGCAAUAAAAUAAACACAAUUCUGUUUUGUUCAGGCUACAAAGAGUAUUACGGUACUGUUACCUGUUCACCAGUUUUUAUGAGCUGUAUGAAAGAUAUGCGUGUAAAUAUGUGCGUUCAACAGCGUUCUUAUGGACUCAAAAUGCCACUUGCACACACUUGAUAAUAUGUUCAAUACACUCUGCUGGUUAAAAUUCAGCCCUUAUUAGUGGAGUUGUCAUUCAGUGGUGGUACUCGCCAUCUGGCACUCAGCAUCUGGUAGCACAACGUGGUUUGUCAGCAUUUUGAUCUAGAAGAUUGAGAUUAAGUUGUAUGAAGAUACUGGACAGGAUAAUAAAACUGGCACACAACCACUCAACCAAACCAAGCACAGACAUGUGGAUUAUUAGCCUACGAAGAGAACUAAAGGCCGGUGGUGCUAGCUCUGCUAAUGUUAGCCACACGCAGCAAACCUAUUCUACGUUGUUUACCUGAAGCCUUUGUGAUCCAGUGUCAAACUAAAUGUCGUAGAACACUUUCCUAACACCUCUGUCCUUAAAUAAGUUCUGUGUAGGUUGGCAGCUGUCUCAGUAAAUAUGUGUACUGUCUCUGUGAGCUUUUUUUGACAUGUAGCUGUUCUCCGGUGUGUUUUUCAGGAUCUGUAACCUGCUGUUGGAAAACCCAGACUAUCCCAGAAGGGAGAUUGCAGCCACAGCAGCUCCCACCAGCAUCCUCCUGGAGUCUGGAGACACCCAGACAGAAGUAAAAUCCGACUUUCUCCGACACUUAACUCCAUUUAUUAGGAGGCAAUGCUCAAACAAGAACUGGGUCUCUUCAGUUGUAAAUAAAUCUUUCAUAUCUCAUGCCUGUCUGGGUUUUUUUAAGGUGACGGAGGACCUCUUUGACUAUGCCAAUCUGGGCACUGUGGGGCCUGAAGCUGUGAUGCAGGCUGCUGACCUGCUCAUGGCAGAUUUCAGGAUGCUCAGCUGUCAGGACAUCAAAUGGGCCCUCAACGCUCUGAAGGGACACUAUGCAAUCACACGCAAGGUACCUGUUGUUUUGUAGUAAGUUGGCAUCUGCUCUCAGAUUCCCCAAGACCCACUUAAGAGGAAAUUUGUAGCAACAAACAAACCAUCAAAAGAAUAUUGAGAUUAGGUGUUCCACAAGGAGCCUGUCUGGGUCCUUUCACAGUUUCAUUUAAGAGACUCUCUGAAGCCCUGUUGGAGCAGAUUCAAUUUUCUGCUUUUUAAUAAUGCAUCACCCGCUAAAGGUGCAUUAUUUUGAAGUUGUGAUCCCUUGUUUCUGAAUGUUGGUUAGAGUUUAAGAACCAUUCUGCUCCAAAGGCUGUUUUGCUAACAGGAUUAUCAGGUUUGCCCGGCUGGAAACCCCCUCAGCAUUUUUACACCACUUCAUCACAAUGUUGUCAUUUUCUUACUUUCUUUUUUAAAAUGUCCCUUGACUUCCUGCUCUGCCAGGCCUUAUGUGAAGCUCUGAAGAAGUGGCAAGAUUCAGGCGACCCCUCAGGGAAGAGACGGCGAAGCAGAGCCUCCUCAGAGCGCUGUUACAUCGACUUCCAUUUUGAGCACGGUGAACAAACUUUUCCACUUUAUCUGCUCUCACACGAUACGCUGUAGUCUAAGCAUCCCUUUGCAUCUACUUAACAGGGAUCAGAGCUCAUUGAGAAUAUUGUGCUUUUCAUCUAAUUCUGUUUCAUUACCUAAUUCACCUAGCUAUAGGAGGACUUUUUAGUACCUUUUUUAUCCCCUGGCUUCCUUCAAUGUGAUAAAAAAACAGCUUAAUAAGAAAGCGGUCAAACUCAUUCGUCCCCUCUGUCUGGCAGGCUCAGCAAAGUUUGACAAGAGGAUGUAUUUCUUGGAGAACGAUCGUCGUUACUGCAGGACGUACAACAAUUUGGAGCCUUCUCUGCAGAAAGAGCUUUCUUUCUAUCAGCAGAAGGCAAAGGAAUGGGCAGAGGUAUGCACACAAACAUACACCCACACACAAAAGAAACAACAACACGCACUUUUAGACACAGCGAGGAAGUUGCAGAGGCUGAAGGAGGGGACCUGUGCGUAUGCUGGUUGAAGCUGUGUAUAGAACGGCUCCAGACUAGCUGAAGACUCAAAUCAUUCUUGUUGUAAGAGGACAACAUUAACUUGUGCAUCAGCUGCAGUUAGUCAUGAGAGUAAUGACUGUAGAAAUUCAUGCAUGCAGACACUAAUGAGAGUCUAGUGCUGCUUGACUGACAUAAUAGAGGAUUUAAUCAGACAACGCUGCACAAUGACUUUCAAUCAGGGGAGUGAUUCUUCCAGAUUUUAAACCUUGAGCGUAGACACGUGACACUUCAAAUAUGAGUGAUGCUGACAGGAGGUUUUCAGCUCAAACUCAACCUGCUGGUUUAAACAGGAUUUUGCUGAGUUGUCCUUUUAAAUGUUUGUUAUCCUGCUAACAGUGUAUUCCAAAGUAACAUAAUUCAUGUCUGUUAGCCAAGACCCUGCAACCGCCAAAAUAACUCAGAAAUUAUCACGCAGGGGAUUUUAUGGCAACCAAGAAAAGCAGAAAACUUAUUUUUAAUAUCAAUGAGGCAUUUAACAUUGAACUGAAACUGUUGUAUUUGUUUACGUGUCGUUUAUACAAAGUCCCAACUCUCAUGGGUUAACAAGACAUCCAAAAUACGCUUCCAUUGGGCCAAUAAUUUAUUACAGGGUCCAUUCAGAUUUGCAGUUCAGUCUUUAAAUGCUAUGUUCUGCCUUUCCUCCUACACCCUAAAGAUUAAUGCUGUGCUCGAGUUACCUCGGAAGUCAGAUGUUGGAGCUGAAAAUGACGUCACACCAGACUUAGCAGUAUUUCAAUUACCAAGUCGGACAAAAGCAAAAUCGUAGGUGGAAACAAGUUGGCUACAUCUACAAAAGUUAUUUUAGUGCUUGCCUCGUCUGAAUAUAAGGCAAGAGCUAAAAUAACUUUCGUAGAUGUAGCCAUCUUGUUUCCAGCUCCGAUUUUGCUUUUUACGACUUGGUAACUGAAACGCUGGUAACUCGGCUGUGAAGUCAUUCCCAGCUCGGACAUCUGACUUCCAAGGUAACUUGAACGCAGCAUAAAUCAGCUACAAAUACAUACAUCCUCUGAAGCCCAAGCCAAGUUUAUCCAUUAAACAGUUCUGUUGUUUAUUGAAAUUUAUACUAAUGGAUUAAAUUUUCAAUAUUCAACUCCUAAGAGACAUUUUUCAGAGGGCAUAUCCCAACCUCCCAAUCAGUGCACUGCAUUUGCACACUGGUAAUGGCUCAGCUGCAAUAGUAGAAGUAACAGGACACAGUGAUUGGCGCUGUGUUUUGAUCAAUUCAAGUUACAAAGGAAGUUUCCAGCUUGUCAAACAAAGAGAAAUGUGCAGGUGACGGGGUUGGUCUUUGGUGUCCUCCAGCCUGGGUGGUGUGAAUCAGCAUCUCCAAGUGAGAGAGAGAGAGACGGAGACGUUAGUUAACCAGGACAGUUUUAUUAGUUUUUGCAUACAGGCUGGUGUAGGAUACUUACUAUGGUAACAGCAAUGCAUUGUGUCACUUUUAACCUUCAUGUAUCUCUUCAUUGAGCCUCUAUAAGAGAGAUUACAGUAUGAGUCAAAUAUCAAAGUUACUGAAUAGGGUCUAGUGAUGCAAAAGUAUAAACAGAUAUUUAUUGUGUAAUAUAAUAAAAUCAUGAUUGUGUGGAAUGGUUACUGUUGAAGAGUUCUUACUACUUCAUGUACAUUGAGCCAAAUGUUCCUGUCUCUGCAGCAUGAGGACUUCCUCCUGGCUCUACAAGUCAAUGAAGAUGAGUACAAAAAGGUGAGAGGACUCUGAAUACUCAGAAAAAAAGAAGCAGACCUUCCGGUGUUUCCCUAAAAUUCAGGCUAGCCACAGGUUUUCACCUCUGUCACAGGAAAGUACCUAACUUGUACGACAUGUUUUUCCUGGGUGCUUACUCAUAGAGUUUCUUUUUUCUGAUUUCCCUGCAGUCACCUGAGGCAAAAUCCUCAAAAGCUGACUCUUGAUAAAUGUCUAUCAGUGUCAUGAUCUGUGCGGUUUUUAUCACUCAUCUCUAUUUGGUUCUCUCCUGCAGGACGGUCAGCUGAUUGAGUGCGGCUGCUGCUUUGGGGAGUUUGCGUUUGAGAAGAUGACUCAGUGUUCAGACGGACAUCUGUUCUGUAAAGAGUGCUUGAUCAAAUACGCUCAAGAGGCUGUGUUUGGCUCUGGGAAGGUACGAACACAAAAACACAGAUUUCCUUUCUACAUGUAACACUCGAUCAAGGCUGCAGCGGGCAGUUCUGUUAGAUAAACAAGAUUAGCUGUAAAUAAUGCUUUUGUGAGCUGGAGGAAAGAGCUGUAUGAUUUAGCGCAGUCUGGUAAAACAGCUCUGUAAUAAAUCUCCAGCUCAUUUUUGUGAGACCACAUUGUUCUGCUGCAUUGUGUUCACACAAAAGUGUCUCUUGUGUUAUGUCUGCCUUCAUUAACAGACAUCACACUGGCCCACUGGGCUCAACAAUCGGAUAAUUGUCAGUGUGUCUGUCGUCUGCAGCUGCUUUUGAAAACCUGUAUCUGUUGACUAGAUAUUUACAUCCAUGUGUUAUUGUCUCAGUCGGAGCUCAGCUGCAUGGAGGGGGGCUGCCCCUGCUCCUACCCGGUAUGUGAGCUGGAGAAGGUCCUCCCAGAGAACAUACUGUGUAGAUACUAUGAGAGGCAGGCGGAGGAGGCGGUCGCUGCCACCUGCGCUGAUGAACUCGUACGGUGAGUGUGUGUGUAUGUGGAGUCCUGUGUGUUGUUGCUUUCUAGUGUCUGAGCUGUGGAGCUGAUGCAUUAUCUUGCAGGCAUCGUCUCAUGACAUUUGAGAUCCUCCUCUACUUUCUCCACCUGCCUGAUGUUAUGCACUGCUGUUGCACAACAUGUUGAAACUACAGCAGUCCAACGUUAAUCUUAGCAGUAGAGAUGCAGUGAUCAAAUUUUUUUUAAUCAAAUCCGAUACGAUACCUGGGCUGAGCGUAUCGGUAUAUAUCGGCCAAUAUACCGAUACCAAUUUAAUACUAUUGUUGAGUGAAUGAACUGUAUAUGUUGCUCCGUGAGUGAAGGCAUCAGGCUUGACAUUAGCCUUGUUUAAGGAAAAAAAAAAGGUAACAUAUUAACAAAGAUAUAAAUGUACUUAAUAUUAUUUAUUAACAAAUAACAAAGUGCACAUUAGCACACAGCAAAAAGAAGACUUCCAUGUAAACAUAUAGUGCAAAAGGAUAGACAGACAUAGAAUACAGAGUGAACAGAAUCCCUGUGUUGCUGUGUAUGAUAUUAAUUAAAAGAAAAAAAAAAAAGACUAUCAGAAUGCCGGAUCAGCGUCAUUCAUCAGAUAUCCAAUCCAGUUAAUUUGUCAAUAUCUGAGCCAAUAUCCAAUCCAAAUAUCUGAUCGAAGCAUCCCUACUUAGCAGUAGCUGUAGUUUCCUCACACUCUCAAACUUUGUUGCAGAUUGAUCUGAGCUGCUUAUGAUGAAGUGAAAGUGAGAGUUGUCUGAAGGGAGGGGCUGCACACACACCACUGUUAAGGAAGUGGGGGAGGGUGCACUUCAUUUAAUAUAGAAAAGGCAACACAGCCUAGAUUAAUAUCAAUCAGUCUUGAUUUUCAUGUGAAUGUGUGCCAUGUUGUAUAGGGGUGGGAAUCACCAGUGGCCCCACGAUAUUAUCACGAUACUUGGGCCACGAUAUUAUCACGAUACUUGGGCCACGAUACGAUAUUAUUGCAAUUUUUAACAUUUUGCAAUACAGUGAGUAUUGUGAUACAAUAUACUGCAUUUAUACAAUUUUUUCAACUGUUUGGCUUAUUUAGCAUUUGGCUUUCCUCUAUGUUUGUUUUAUUUACACAGUAUUGUAUUUUCAUGUAGCACAUCUUACAAACCGUACAUCUAUGUUUGUUGUACUUUCUCGUGCUCACCUCUGAUGUCACCUCUGCGAACCUCACUGGACAAACAGUUGAUUUUAUUUUUCCAUUUUCAUAGAUUUGACUUCAUAAUAGCAAUCAAUUUGAAAAAUUGAUACUUGGUAAAUCAGACGAUACGACAACCAGACAAAAUAUCAUGAUACUAUGCUGUAUCAUUUUUUUCCCCCCCCCCCCCCUAAUGUCGAAUGUGCCAAGUUUUGGCUCACGGGAUAAUAAUAAAGUGCGUCUGAAUUUGUCAAAGUAAUCUAAGCCUUGGUCUGGUCCAAAUGACAGAACAAAAGCCUCAGACACAGACGAGCAGUAUUACUGAAGUUCUGCUCAGAAUAGCAACAUUUGAACAAUGGAGAGGCACAGUGGUGAGCAGGUUCCUGCCAAGGCUGCACCCUGACUGCUGAGCCUGCAGAGAGGGUUGGAACGGGUUUUCCCCUGACUGACCUCCUCUUCAGCUUUAUACCUAUCAGGCUCCUCCAGCCAGCUGAACAGGUGAAGGCCCUCUCCAACUUAAACAAACACCACUCAACUGCACAUGCACAUACACAGAACACAGGCAAAGAGAGGGAGAGAGGGAGUGGGGGUGCGGCUGUAACAGACCUCGCAGAGAUUAGCUUUUAUGGUCAGUCUCAAAUGGACACUUGAGGAAAUGCCGUUUUAGCACUUCUGCAUUAGCUUUAUUUUUGAACACUGGAGGUUGCUGCUUGGUGCAGAUGCAGCUUCUUGUAAAUGAGACCUAUUAAACUCAUCUUCAUCACUCAUUUUGUCAGUCUGGGACACCACUGGAGUCGCUUUGCUUUUCCGCUUUUUCAGUGACAUACAGUCAGACACAGGCGAGGCUAGUGGCUGCACCCAUUUGGCUCUCCAUUCAGCAACGUUAGCUCACAUUAGCUGUUGUUACAUAAGCUGCUGUUACAAUAUCAUUUACAGUUUGUGGUUCCAAGGCUUCCCAGAAGGUCUUCAAGGAUGGAGCAGCACCAGAUGUCAGUAACAGUUAAGACGCAAACCCAGCCCACUGUGGUCUUUGUGAACAGAUGGGUCGUCAGUGAAGUGGGGAACACAAGCAGCUUCGUUUUUGUCCAAAAAACCAUAUAAACUUUUUACUUAACUCUGGAGAAAAUAGCUGUGACUGUCCUUCACAACCACAACAACACUUACAAGCUUCCUGAAGAGACAUGCUGAAUCCAAAAGAGGAAAAAGAAGAGCAGGUCUGUGGCCAAGUCUCAAAAUGAGUUCAGGGAGGAAAACAUGUCGGAGGAUGAUGUUGCCAUGUUUAGUAAAGACACAACAGGUUUCCUUUGAAGGUAACUGGCGAUGACUGCUGGGCUGGUUUGAUUCACUGUAUGACCAAAAGGCAUCCAUGACUUAAGGACCCCAAAGAGGCUUUACUGCCAGACAGAUUCUGCCAUAUUUGUGGUCGAGAUAGAAUCUGCUCUCACUGAAACCAAUCUGGAAUUUGAAGGUCUCAUGCAGCUGUAUCAUACUGUUCUUGUAACCAUCUUUCCUCUUCCUCUCUCCUUUCAGGUGCCCGUUCUGUAACUUCCCAGCCUUGUUGGACAAAGACAUGUCCCUGUUUAGCUGUCCAAACCCUCGGUGCCGCAAGGUCAGUCCGAUUCUGUGUUCAUCUACGGGUCCUGGGUUUGGGCUAGGCUGCUUUAUUUUUACUUUGUUUAAAACUUGGAUAUUGAUGUAUGUUCAAAGUAAAUCCUGUGCUGAGGAGAGCGGAAUUUCUAAGCUGACUCAAGGUGGAGACAACACAGAUAAAUGCAGUUUGUUGUAUCUUGGUAAGCUGACAACCUGGAGUCAGUGUCCACUCAGCAUGAAUCACCUCAGUGCAUCCCAGACGCAAGAUGAAACCCGUGCACCGGGGAAAGAUUGAUGAGCAGUUUUUAUGAAGGUGAUAAAUUGGCUCCAUCUGGCGAUGUCUCCACCUCUGACUCCCUCCCUGUUUAUCUGCAGCCUCCUCCCUCUGACGGAGGAAUGCAGGGGGAGGCUUUGCUUUGUGUCUGCCAAGGCUGUUUCAUGAUUCCAGUGUGAAGUCUGUUAGUCUGCACAAAGAGUCACACACGUAGCAGCUAUUACUCUUAUCACUACCUGCUACUACUUCAUACUACAACACCAUUGUCUUCUCUCUCUUACCACACAAACAAACCCUUUCUUCAUUUUCUGUGUGCCUUUGUGCCUCUGUGACUCAACACAUGCGCACACACACGCUGUUGGAAAACUCCCAGACAGCCAGAGAGCGAGAGAGACGUGGUUGUGUAAGCAGCCUGAUAUUAAUAAUGUGAUUAUUCACAGCUUGACAUCAAAGAAUGAUCUAGUAAACUGAAGACUGGUUUUUAUCUGAUCUUUAAUCAGGUGGUAAAACGAUUUAAGUCACAGUUAUUUAUUCGAUGGGAUCAGAACAAUCUAAAGAAAAAGAAACAACAUUGUUAAAGCUCCCAUGAGUGACUUAUGUUGAUUUUGGCGCCCCCUGUGGACACCUCUUCUCUCCCUUGAUCGUGCACAUGUGUAAGAAAGAUUUUUAAUAAAGGAUUAUACCCUUCUUAUUUCAGCACUAAUUAGAAAUCUGAAUUAGCGUAAUGCCAAUAAACAUCUGCCCCCGACAUCACAGAUCACUAUAGAGAAAUAAUUAGUCUUAUCACUCGUGGUCUUGUUUUCCUUUGUAGGUUAUAAAGAGGCAUCAGUGUUUAUUUUAAUUUGUGUCUUUACGAGCAAUUACAUCCUCAGUUUUUCCCCUCAGUGGUUAAACUGUGAUACACAACUGUUCUACUUUCAAGUGGCACCUAUAGAGGCACACCUGUAAAGAUCCAUGCAGUGUUACAUUGCACAGUAGUUUCAUUUAAGGGUAUUUCCAGGGCUGAGAUUUAACAGCCUGUUUGGGAGCUGGAGACAUUGAACUGUUUUUCAGUCCCCGUAAUGGUUGUUCCAGGUGUAAGAAAAACCCGCUGCAGUGGAGGAAGGAGUGGGGGAUAUAGACACCAAUCUGCCAUAACAUUAUGAACAACUGGGAAAUCUAAUUCAACAUAAUACACAGCUCCUCUAUAAAUGUGACUUUUAUGAAGCUGCAAGCCGUAGGGAUGCGAGUUCAAAGUAUUCCCUCUGAUCAAUAAAUGGAAAUAUUAAUGAUGUAUCUUCAUUUUGCCUGUUGAUUGGUGUAGAAAUGUGGUUUAAACUUCAAACAUAGGAGACUGUGUUCAUCUCUAGAAAAUUCAAACUCUUAGAGUACAUUUUUGACAAUCAGUUACUUGAAACUAGACAAAUUCUUACUUUUAUUGUGCUUUUUUAAGAGUGCAUUAAUAAUUCCUACAAGUGCAGCGAUGUUAGAUUGAAAAUGAACAGUUAAUAAAAUUAUCCAGCAGAACUAGAGAUGUGAAUGAAAUUUGAAACAAAACUCUGGUGUUUUAGUACUGAAGGCAGAGAGGUGAAGAUGGAGAUCAUUUCCCCUGCAGUUUAAUCUAUUAACCUGACGAUGGAGCUAGAGGUCCAUAGUAGCUGCACUGAUUUCCUGCUGCACAGCUGCAUUACAUUACAUCCUCAUACACGCCCAAAGAUGCAAAAAAAAAAAAAAGUUGGUCCAGAUUUUUUGUGGUUUGAUUCUUUUAUGAAUAGAUUUCAACUUCCAGGUCAGACUCAACUAACUGCAGUGCUGAAAGUUUUUAGAUUACUCACGCUGAACAGUCAUGGAGAGAGUGGAAUAUCGCAAUCUUUAGUUACAGAAAGUUACCAAAACAUGUUUCCUCUUUCAUAUUAGCAGAAAUCAGGAUGUGAGACUGGGGCCCCUGUGGUAGUGUUUCAGUCCCCUCCACGACCCCAAAACCAGUUUAGAAAAAUACAUUUUUAUAAAGAGUUCGUGUCUCUGUGUCUUUGAUGCUGUUUCCCAUCAAUAGGAGCUCAGUUCAAGACAGUGGUUUUACAGUCCACCCGCUCAGCGUACAAGCAAGGAGGGGCUUCAUUAUGUAACUGACACACUUCUGAAAGCCCACCCGCCUCUUCCCACGCCACUGCCUCAUUGGCUGCCUGCCCCGUCCACUCCCCUCGCGCUGGUCCCUCACUGGUUUGACACACUUCCUCUUCUGUUUCAAAUGUGGUUCAGAUCAAGUCUGACCCAGAUUCUCCUCCCCCCUCUCCUUUCCUCUCUCCUGCUCCCCUCCCCUUCCCCCGGCUCAGUCUGACCUACACACACAUGCACGCACGCCUAUGCACACAAGUGGGUACUAAUGUAUUCCACAUGUGGUUAUGAGGACACUUGGAUGGGAUUGUUCCUGGCCUGCAUGGGAUCACUUCAUGAAAGCUGAGGGAUGUAAAAUGUAGGUCACUGAAAGGCUGUCACGGUGCAAACAAGAGCGGGAAGUGUGUUAAGAAGUGUGUGUACAUUUAUGUGUGUGUGUUGUGUUUCACCAGUUGGCAUCACAGGACAUGAUUACAUACACUACACAAAACAUCCGAGCAUUAGCUGACAGGACUGAUGGCAGGCACACAUCUGAGUUCCUUAUUGCAUUUGAUUGGCCGAAAGCCUACUCCCUACAAUGAAACAUGUAUAUGCACACAUAUAGGCAUAGUGCAGAAACACACACACACACACACACACACACACACACAUGCAUGCUCAAUGCAGCCUCCCAAUCGGAAGCCCUGCAAGCUGUUUGCACUGCCUUAUAAGGGCUGCUGCAGCCUGCAGCACAGGAAAGAAGAAGUUAAUGAGAGGUGCAGGAGAAGAGGAGAGGCAAGGUAUGAAUGAAGGAGAUGCUGCUAGAUGCAAGAAAGUAAAGAGAGGACGGGAGGAAGGAGGUUAGGACCCAAGGGGGAGGAGUGCAACCAAAGGAAACAGAAGUUAAAACAGUUCAGAGAAAGGAUGUAGACGUAAAGCAGAAUCAACUUUGUGUGUAUGUUCACGUGUGUGUGUGUGUGUGUGUGUGUGUGUGUGUGUGUGUGCUUAGCCUUUGUCACACAUUAACCACAUACUCUUCUAUUUGACUUUAACACCCCGCUGACGGGGAAGUCACGCCCCGAUUGAGGGUUGAUCACAGCGUCACUGGCUGUAUUUUUAGCCGCUCUAUAAAAGCUCAGGUGUGUUCCUGCUUUUCAACAGCCUGUCAGACCAGUCCAACAGACACACACACACACCCUCUGUCUCUCUCACUCUGACACUUUCUUUCACCCUGUCCGCAUGCUGUCCCUCCUUUUGCUCUCUGUAUUCACCGCUAGGGGGUGGUCUUCCACCACUCUGCCUCUCUGUCUUUGUGUGAUGAAGCUUUUCCUGACUUUUAGUCCAGUUCCUGCUGACCAUGAGUGGAAAUUUUAUUCCAACAUAGUGCAAGCAUUUACGCAUUUUUGCAUUUAACUUAUUCCAGAACAUAAAAAAAUAAAUCGGCAUGUGUAAGUUGAGCUAUUGAAAGGAUGGAGUUGGGGCUUUAAUAUCCAUGCUUUCGCUUAUUUAAUCCAGCAGAGAGAGAUGUUCAUUUCUGCUGUAAUUAUAGGUGUUAUGGGUAUUAAUGGGGUUUUCUUGACUUUAGGUGUCGGCCUCUAGAGGACACUUGAAGAUCUGCAGCUUUGAGGGCUUUUGCCUUGAUUGCCUUUAUCUAAAAUUACUACUCUGUGAUUGGACAUGUAAAGGCCCCAACAGAAGAAAGACAAAGCUAACGUCAAAGUUUGGGUCAUAAGUAGAGAAGAAAGAUGCCACACAAGCAUUGUAUUGAGAAUAGUAAGGACACUCUAAAGGUUCUGGUCAACAAUGCAGAGAUUUAGGAUGGGUGUAAUUUUGGCGUUAGAGUCGAGGGAACAGGCUGAAUCGAAAGAAGGGAAGAUGCACAGCCAGCCUCACAGUGGAGCGUGGCCAACGGCGCCUCCUCUCAGACUGCAUAAAACAGAAGAUCUACCCAACAAGUCAAAAUCUGCACAUUUUAAACUUGAAACUAAACGAAAUCAUCAAUUCAACAAAAAUGAAACAAUGUAAAACACAAAUCUUCCUUUGCAUGCAUAACUGUAUUUGACUGGUAAAGGUCUUUGUGUGACUUUCAGAGAGUUUUCGAUGUUUCCAUCGAAACCGCUCCAGUUCCCCUGCCCCCCCUCUCCCCGGCUGACCUUGCAAACACAGCCGUCUCUCUGAGCGCUGUGAGAGCCCGAGGCACAAAGCAAAAUAACAAAAAGUGACUGAAGCAUGUGCAAACAAGGUCAACAAACAUGGAGGGCGUGUUCCUGACUAAGAUGGGGUUUCCCUCUCGGAGGUUGGGGGUCACACUGGGAGGUUUAUUGCUCAUAUUGUGCUGCAUCAGCUGUCACAUUCCACUCUCUUCAAUAUUAGAUGAGCAGGCUGAAAUAUUUAUAAUGACACCACUUAGCUAAGGGUUAGCUCGGGGUGACAAACCCUUGCUGAAGUGUGCGUCUGCCCACGCUCGUCCUUCACUGAAAAAAUCCAGGGCUGGAUGUUGGAGGAUGGAGUUGCUGUUUCUAGGCAACCGGGCAGACAGCCAGUGAGAAAAUUACACUCCUGCUGCAGUCACACACACAUUUUGCAGGGAGUGCCACACCUUUCUGUGUCUGCAAGUCCACGUCCCUGCAGUGGCGGCACCAGCAGCAUACAGAGCAGCACGGAUGAUCCAGACUGCAGGGCUGCGAUUAUUCAGCAAAAACCUGGAGUCGUGUCAGAGGGGGAGGAUUGAUGGAUGGAGGGAUGUGGGAUGAAAUUGAGGGAUCAUUUUAGCACUGGCUAACAGAUUGAUGAGCUAGAUAGUGAUGAGAGUCGAUCAUUUUUGCUUUGCCCUCCUUUUAUUUGGACUGUGUCCCAUGUCCUCAGCCUCUCUGUUUCAAGCUCCUUUUCCUGUUUUGUGUCUUUGUUCAGGAGAGCUGCAGAAAGUGCCAUGUCCAGUGGAAGCAGCAUGUGGGGAAGACGUGUGAGCAGGUUCUGGAGAGAGAUGAGAUCCGCAUGAGAGUCCUCUUGUAAGUGGUCUUAAUCCAACAUUAAGAAAAAAUACACAGGUCAACCUGACUGUUUCAGAUAUACACAUGAAGUCACAACAACCAGCCCACAGAACAAAGAGGCUGUUUCAAUCUCAUUCAAACACAUUACAUUAAGAUUUAGUGAAACUGGCCCACCGGGGCUCACAGAAACCAGAGAGGAUGCUGGGUAAACAGUUUACAGGACAACGGUCUGGUAAACAGGGAGACCGGCUGCUUCCUGAAGUCCAGCUGGGCCACAGGCAGUUCUUCCUGUUUUGAUCCAUUCACAGAUCUUCCUACUUCCUGGUGCUGAAAGAGACAGGAAGUGGUCUGUCUGAUGAGUUUAAUAGGACGUCAGUAAAACAAUCACCACGGUAACCUUAUUCUCUGCACAGACUAUUGAAGCGGGUCUAAAAUACACACUUACCCCUAUACUCACUUCUGUAAGUAAUUUGUUAUUAUAGCCUUAUGCUGCGUUUCAGUUACCUCAGAAGUCAGAUGUCAGAGCUGGGAAUGACGUCACACCUGAGUUACCUGCAUUUCAGUUACCAAGUCGGAAAACCAAGAUGGACGUCUGCAUUAGCUGUUGUUAGAUGUUGUCAGCUGUUGUUAGUUGUUGUUAGCUAUACCAGUUGUACACAACGCAUAACUCAGUAUUUUACACUUACAAACACCAUAGCACCAUGUUCACAGUUAGACGUUGGUAGUACAACAUAUACCACUUAUUUAAUUUCACACAAAAAAAAACCCAAAGUGCUAAAAAGUAAUACAUUACCAGAGCUUUCACUGUUACUCUUUACUAUUGAUGCACUGCGCUGCCAUCUUGAAUUAUGAUGUUGUCGUCAAGUCAGGGUUGGAUAGGAUCGUCCGACUUUCCGAGAUGGAAAGUUCGAUUUCAGGGGUGCAUUCCAGAUGAAUUUGCGACUUGGAGCUCGGAAAUUCCGACUUCCAAGUGCAACUGGAAUGCAGCAUUAUUAUCUUACAUAAAUACUUUGUUAUUGAUUAUAGAAACAAAUAAGUUUUUUAAUAUGUAUUAUAAGUAUCAUUUAUUAACCACAAUAAGACCAAUUAAUCAAUCGGGCUGAUUAACGUCAUUUUGGAAUAAUCUGCAUCAAUUGAUAACUGUUUGAUUUUAUCAAAUUAAAAGAAAUACAAAAAAUAAUUAAUAUUAAUGUUAUCAAUUGGUCAUCAGUUGACUUACUGACUGAUUUUUGGGAUCUUGUUGGCUGCUUAUCCUGAAACAGGCUGGAAACAGUAUGAAUGUGGCUGUAGGGAGGAUACAAAGGAUUACACAAUCAUACAAAUAUUAAAGAGUGAUAAUCAAUAGCUGUCAAUAAUAUGAAGGCUAUCGGGUGAAUUUUAGACACAACUAAACGAGAAGAAAACGGUUGUGGACUGCAGGAAAGCACUCUUACAAAUGCUGCUAAUGCACCAUUACUUUCAAGGUUCUAUUUUCUGGCUUUUCACCUUCGUUUGGAGAGGACAGCUCAGUUGACAGAUUUGGAAAUAGGGAGAGACAUGUGGAACAGGCUGGGGGCGAACCCGGGCCAACCUCAGUAUACUGGCCUUUUUAUAGACUGCUGAGAAAAACCUCUUGUUGAGGACCUCUGUCAAAAACAAACAGAACCCUCGGGUGGAGACACCGGUUUUCAUGUGAUCUCAAGAUUUACAAAAAAGAAGAUUGUGUCCCUGAUCUUGGAGGAUGAAUCUGAUCAAAUUUACCCACAGAGUAAGAGACGCGAUUCUCUGACGCUCCUCUGUCUCCCUCCUUUAGUCUUGCUUUUUGUUCAUUUCUUUUCUUUUGCUCAUCUUUUUUUCAUCCCUCUGCAGUGAGGAGCGAAUGACGGCGGCUCGGGUCAGGAAGUGUGUGAAGUGUGGGACAGGUCUGGUGAAGUCGGAGGGCUGUAAUCGGAUGUCGUGCCGCUGCGGCAGCUUCAUGUGUUACCUCUGCAGAGAGCCCAUCACCGGAUACAACCACUUCUGUCAGCACGCCCGCUCGCCUGGCGCCCCCUGCCGUCACUGCCGCAAGUGCUCGCUGUGGACAGAUCCAACGGUAACGUUUUAUAUCAUGAAUUUUGCCUGUAAGCUGAUUUUCUUUUUCUUGUUAGCAGCCUUUUAGCACCAGAAAAGUCCCUGUUUGUUCUCAUUAGCAGUGCUCGCUCACUUGAUUACUGUCUCUGCCGCCUGACCACAGCUGCUCUCAGAAAUUUGGGGUUGAAAAAUUUGACACUUUGAGUUACAGAGUAUCCAAACUUUUAUCUGCUCUUCUCUACAUUUUGACCCUGACUACAUGGAGCCCACAGUGGUCAGGCCACAGCAUCACCAGAAGCCAAAGCAAACAAUAAGACCCUGAGCUGCUAAUGAGCUGGAGAUCCUCCAUCACCCACAGCGACACAGCCGAGCUGGCAAAGAUGAAGCUCUACAUGCUUUGCCAAGAAACAGAUAAAUACCGAGAACCAGUUGUCGUGUAAAGGGGUCAGCCCCCUUGUUGUUGGGUCAGGGGGUUUCUCUUGUCAUGAGAGGGAUGUUUAAAAACAGAUACACAUCAAACUGUGGAUGGCAUGUGUUUAUAAUGGUGUUGAUUUCCCUUUCUUUCUCAUUACACAGUAAAACAGGAUGUUUGAUUUGGAUUUUCAACAUUUUCUGUGUGUUUACAGCAAGACGAUGAGCGGAUCAUCCAGGAGAUCCAGAAGGAAGGCGAGGCGGAGCUGAAUAAGAAGAGUACAGGUCUGGAUGGUUCUCUUAAAGUUGUUGAUUCACACUGAUGUAGAAAUGUGAUGAAUUACAGUCUGAGGCAGAGGACUGUCUGUCUCACUGCAGCAGCAUUGUUCUUCCUCUCUGCUGCCUCCUCUUUGUCUCUGGAAGCUUUAUUUGUUCAGACAUGGUGAAUGCUUACAGCAGAUAGCAGCUGUUGUUUCCUGUGUUUUUGUUUGUGUGAGGAAAGAUUGGUGGCUGGCGAGGUUGUGCAGGGUAACAUUUAAACCUCAGUGGACUGUUAUGACAUGUCGUCUUUACAGUACAUGUUAUCAGAGGGGGCAAAAGCACUGCAGACGAUUCCUGUAAGGUGAAAUGUGCUGCAAAUUCAGAAACUUAUACUGUCUUGUUAUUUAGUGACACCAUCAAGAGGAUGGUUAAAACUAAAACAAAAUGAUGCAGAAUGCGUAAAGAGCAAACAGGCCAUGGGUGCAUAACAAGACUCAAAAUGGGGAAAAAUCGAAACAACAGAAAAAACUGGAUACUCAUGACAGUUGAGGGGCUUCAGGGCAUCAUCAGAUGAAACAGGAAUUACCAGACUUCAGUGUUUUUCUCCGUCAAACUGACCUCCAUCGGUCACAUGGGCUUUGCUCUGUAUUGCCGAGUGUGUUUCUUUCCACCCCUUGGCCUGACAAGUCUGCCUCAGACACAAAGCAAAGUAACAACAACAAGAGUCCAAACAGAUGCAAAAAGCGAGCAAAAGGGUUUCCAGUUUAAAAAUGAAAAAAGUCCAGUCUUCUCAGCAGAAACCCUCCAGAGCUGUAGGGGGCGCUAACACCCCUACAAGAGAAUUUACUCACUUCUGUCUCACCACUGUUUGAACUAAUGUUGAGGGCUUUACUGUCCAUAUCUGACAAUGUAUAUCAGCUUAAAUUUCUUGUUUAAAUAAAAAAUACUUUAAAUUAUAAAUAAAUUAUGUUUCACUUAAGUUAGCGCCCCCUACAGGUCUGGAGCAUUACUAUAAUGAUAACUGGAUAAACAGCAUCUUUUGUUUCAUUUUUUUACUGGCUAUUCCCACUGGUUUGUAUCAGUAAGUGUCUUUGUUUACAGCUCGAUUUGGACAUUUAGUUUUGGGUCUAGAGACAGGAUGUGGCUUUGAAUGUAAAAAAAAAUCUAAAUUUCUGAUAUUUAUCUAAAAAAAUGAAACAAUUAUUGAGCUAAACUACAGAUUGAUGGUGAAGAGAGUAGAGCUAAUGCAUAACAACAUCCUCUCCUCUCCUUCUGUCAGAUAAUUCAGGGAAGAGAGUCGGCCCUCCGCCGGAGCUGUUCAAUGAAGCCAAGCGGGCUCGUGUCGGCCCACCCCCAGAAAACCCACCAAACCCCCCAGCUCCUCCCCAUCCUCAGGCGGUACAAGCCCCCCUGUUUGUGCCUCCUCGUGCCCGCUACCCGCCUGGUCCACCCCAGGGCCGGAUGUACCACCAGGUGAUAAUGCACCGGCUUCCCCCGGCCCCCUACGUAGCCCCUCUGCAGCCGCUGCCCCUCCUGAACAACAACAACAACAACAACAACCAUCAUCCCCACCAUCACCACCACCUCCACAACAACCCUCCGGUCAACCCCCAUCAACACAACAUGGACGUGAUGGAUCUGCCCAUGCACUACGGACCUGCACAGCGCUACUACAGACACUUCUAACACACACACACACACACACACACGCUAAUGUACUUUUCGUUUCAGGUCUGUUUUGAGACCUGAUGUGUUUCCUCGUGUUGUCCGUUCCUUCUUUUUCUCUCUCCGUUCAGAGCUCAUGUACAGGUUUUGAAUUCCUUCAUGUCUCAGUUGUUAAAACGCUCUGAAAUGAAAAGUACACAAACAUUCAGACUUUGCCUUCUCCCGCUAAAGUCGGGACUUUAGUCGUGAAGUGGAUCUGUUGGAGUUUUCAUCAUUUUCUGUUGGAUGUCGGGGCUGAGGGAAUGAACGGUUUAGAAACUUCAGACACUUUAUUUGCAGUUUAUACAGAUAUUUUUGAGUACAUAUUUGGAGAAAAAAGUUAGCAUUCCCUUCUGUAUCUUUUUGUGUAUAAGACCACACAGUUUUCUAUUAAAGCUUUGAGUCGCACAUCCUGGAGUGUAAAAUGUGCCUCUUUAUACAUUUUUAUUAACCUUUAUUCAACCAGGUCCAAUCCUAUUGAGAUAAAUAUUACAUAAUGUUAA